AUGAGUAUAGCCGAAGAAAUUGAACUGCACAGUGCAAAUGCAGUUGAAUCAAGGAUCAUUGAACAAACAGACGAUUUCAAUGAAAUUCAACCAACAUCUGAACUGAAAAUCAUGCAGCAAAGAGAUGAUUUCAAUGAAAUGUAUUCAACAUUUGCACCGAAGAGCAUUGGACAAACAAAUGAUUCCAAUGAAAUUUAUCCAACAGCUGAAGAAUUGUCAACAUUGGAACGUGUUGCUGAUAAAAUACCAAUGGCAGCUUGGUUGAUUGUCAUUUGUGAAUUGUGCGAGCGUUUUGCGUUCUAUGGUAUCUCUGGUCUUUUUCAAAAUUAUAUUGAAUUUCCGUUACCCAGUGGAAAUGAUACACAACCAGGUGCUCUCGAUAAAGGACAACAGACUGCUACUGCAUUGACAAUGUUUUUUCGAUUUUUUGCUUAUCUUACACCAAUCAUUGGUGCCAUUCUAGCCGAUCAAUUGUGGGGCAAAUAUAAAACUAUUAUGGUUUCAUGUGUGGUCUAUAUGGUUGGUCUUAUUAUAUUGCUUCUGACCAGUAUACCACCUGCUAUUGACGCAGGAAUCGCCUUUCCUGGCUUAAUUGUAGCAAUAAUUAUUCUUGGUUUUGGAACGGGUGGUGUGAAGAGUAAUGUGAGUCCGUUGAUGGCUGAACAAUAUACAAGAACAAAACCAACUAUUACAGUAAUCAAAGGCAAAAGACAAAUUCUUGAUCCAGAUAUAACUAUGCAAUCAAUGUUCAAUUGGUUCUAUUGGGCAAUCAAUAUAGGUGCACUUUCAUUGAUCCUCACUACCAAUAUCGAAAAGUAUCAUUCAUUUUGGCUUGCCUAUCUUAUACCAACGGUUGCAUUCGUUGGUGCCAUUGUCGUCUUGAUUAUUGGUCGCAAUCAAUACGUUCAAAAACCUCCAGCUGGUUCACUGCUCAUUCGCUCUGCUCGUGUAACAAUGACUGCCAUUCGAAUGCGAUGGAGAAUGGGUAAGCAAGCCGAUCGCCCAACUCUUUUGGAUUACGCCAAAACAAUACCACCACCCACUGAUUAUAAUAGAUUAGAAACAGGAACAGAAACAAAUAACAAUCAGUUUAUUGAUGAUUUGAAAAAAGCAGUGCGUGCUUGUCGUGUUUUUGCUUUCUAUCCUUUGUAUUGGAUUUGCUACAAUCAAUUUGGAACUAAUUUAGUAUCACAAGCUGCACAAAUGAAUGUCGGUCCUCUACCCAAUGAUAUUUUACAAAAUAUCGAUCCACUUGUAUUGAUCAUUUUAAUUCCACUUUUUGAUAAAGUGAUCUAUCCUGGCUUACGACGAUGUAAAAUUAAUUUUUCCGCUAUUGCCCGUAUUGCUUGUGGUUUCUUAUGUGUUUCCCUUGGCAUGGGAUGGUCAGCAUUCGUUCAACAUUUAAUCUAUACUUCUGAACCAAACGGGGACUUUGUUCCCAAACCUGAACCACAUGAACAACAGUAUAACAAUAUUACUGUGGCUUGGCAAAUUCCUGCGUAUUUCUUCAUUGCUCUCUCUGAAAUCUUUGGUUCUAUUACUGGUCUCGAGUAUGCAUUUACUCAAGCACCACCGUCAAUGAAAUCCAUUGUCAUGUCACUUUUUCUAUUCACAUCGGCUAUUGGCAGUGCUAUUAAUAUUGCACUUGUACCAGUCUCAGUCAAUCCAAAAAUACUAUGGAUGUAUGUAGCAUUGGCUGGUGAGUCGUUCGUCACUGGUAUCGUGUUUUACUUUGUUUUUCGAAAUGAUCAAAGAAAAGUGCACGUCGAAGAAAUAUCCACAAAAUAA